AUGGAUGUCAUGUCGCCUAGCGCUCCCAACGGGGCUCCCAGUCCUCCGUUGCUGGAGCCGGUCGACCCUUUACUUGUCCUUGAACACAUCGCCAAUCUGAUAGAGACCACGCUCGGUGCUGCUAGGCGAGAACUUGAGGCCGUGGGCAGCCUGCUAUCGAAAGCCAACAGGGCCGAAUCCCUCGACAAAUGUGCCCGGUUCGCGGCUGAACCCCAGAUUACGCUCUACGCGCAGAAGGAUAUAAGAGAAGAGCUGGUUAAUGGCCAUGACGACACACCAAGUCAGUUGCAUCGUAAUAUUGCCUGUGGGCCAUCUAACGCUGCCGCAGAAAUCAAGCAUGUGUAUACCCUAUCCUCCGAAUUAUCACCGGCCCGCACAACUGUCGGUUCCAUCGCAUUUCUGAAACUAUCUGGGCCCCUCGAUGGACGAAAAUCAAUUGCUAGCCAGAUUCAGGUGUUCAAUCUUCCAGGGUCCUACAAUGUCGAUGGCGAGACGAACUCGAAUGCCGAAUUCGCUUCCCCUUACGAAGUUGUCUAUUCCGUUUUGCACAACGUCCUCAGUCCCUAUUUUGAUGCCUGCACAAGAACGCAUGGCUCAACGAGUCGUAAUUGGUACGACCCGCAGGCCAAGGGUGGCAUCCCGGGAGCGAAGAGAAGAAUUGCCGAAUUGGAAAUGAGUCUCCUCCACCUGCAGCAAAAUACCGACAUUCCCAUGGUACAUCUACCCAUGCACGAAGUCGUGGCGGAGGCUAUACAAGAUGCGGCUGCAAAGGGACUCUCGCCCUCGGUACAACAUAUCCCGCCCCAUGUCCUGGAAAACACAACGGUUCUGAACAGUGUUCAAAACCACGUCAAUGGGUGGAUCAAGUCGAUACAAAACAUCACGAAGCUAUCGAAGGACGCGCCCCAGGGUACUGCUGCAGCGCAGGAAAUCAACUUCUGGCUCUCUUUGGAGGCUGCGCUGAACAAACUGGGAGACGAGCUUGGUUCUGAUGGCGUCAAACUAACCCUCGAGAUCCUCAAGAAGGCAAAACGACAGCAGGCUCUUGUCAGUUUCGAGACCGAUACCGGGUUAAAGGAUGCUAUCGAGACCGUGAGGAAUUACAACAAUCUCAUGCGCGACUUUCCUCUCGAAGAACUCUCCUCGGCAACUACGCUCCCAAAAAUGGCGGAGGCUUUGGUCCUCAUCUUUACCCACCUGAAUAAAAAAUGGAGGGUCUGCAAUUAUCCCAUCCGGCGGGCACUAAAAUUGGUGGAGGGUAUAUCUGAGGAUAUGGACACUCAAAUUCAUCGGCUCCUCCAAGGCAGGGCGAUAAUGUCCCUUAGCUGGCACGACUUCACUGAAUUGAUGAACCAUGUGAAUCUGGUGUGGGAAACCUGGGAUGACCAAAUCAAGAGCUUCACCGCUGUAGCUCGAGAUAUCACUAGACGGAAAAAUAACGACUUCGUCCCGGUCAAGAUCGUGCCUAAGCAUGCUCAAACCCAAGAGCGUUUGCGAUACGUCUACCGCUUCCGAAACGAGCAUGAGCAGCUACGGGGUACAAUUCUCAAUGUUCUAGGACCAGGUGCUCGUGCAAAUGAUCCUGGUCGGGCCGCGGACGAGGGAGGUGCCGCUAUCAUCGAAGAACUCGGAGACGUGGAUGCUGUCGAGGAAGUGACUGCGGCUUACGACAUUGUCCGGCAUGUGGAUGUAUUGGACGUUUCACCGAAAGGAACAGAUUUCUGGGUUCAAGCCGAAAUGCAAUAUACCGAACGAACGUCUCGUGUGGAAGAUUCGAUAAUCGCGCGUCUGCGAGAUCGCUUGGGCAAAGCCAAAACAGCAAACGAAAUGUUUCGGGUUUUCGAGAAGUUUAAUGCUCUGUUGAUUCGACCAAAAGUGCGAGGCGCCAUCACAGCAUAUCAAACACAGCUCUUGGACAAUGUCAAGAACGCGAUUGCAUCGCUUCACGAGCGAUUUAAACAACAGUAUGGGGGUUCCGAAGCCCAAAUGAUGGCCCAACUUCGUGAUAUUCCACCGGUUGCUGGUGCUAUUCUGUGGGUCCGCCAGAUCGAGUCGCAGUUGGAUAACUACAUGUCAAAAGUCCAAGCCGUUUUAGGAGAGGAAUGGAUGCUGUACACCGAUGGAGAGAAACUGCAAGCUGAAAGCAACAUGUUCCGAAAGAAGCUCACGACGCGUGAUAUUUACGAGGCUUGGCUCCAUGACGUUCAAUCCAGAGACAUAGCCGUGACCGGAAGGCUUUUCACCAUCGUACGAAGUCGAAGUGCAAACAAUGCUCUGGAGCUCAGCGUGAAUUUUGACAAUCAUGCUAUUUCUCUGUUCAAGGAAGUCAGGAACCUGACUUGGCUGAACUAUCAGAUCCCCCAUCGAAUCGCCACCACGGCUAAACAAGCUCAGCGAGUGUAUCCGUACGCAUUAAGUCUGAUGGAAAGCGUGGCCGGGUACUUUUCUGCGGUCCGAGCCAUCCAAAACAUGCCAAACAUGGCCCCUUUGAUGGCCGGCUAUGAGAAAGAGGUCCAGAACCUGUUAGGGACAGGGGUGCGAUUGCGGUGGGAUUCUUUCAUCCACUCGUACGAACUGCACAUCAAAGGGAAGUCGACCUCGAAUGAUUCGGCACAUGUCCAAUAUGUGCGGGAUUUGGCCACGGCAGUGACAACUCUACAGAGCAAGACUGCAACCGUGCAAGCGCUCGACCAGAACAUCCAGCUCGCGCUGUCCGAGAUGAAAACAUGCCCUUAUUCGGGCAAAAACUUCCAAGCCCAAAUGGAUCUCAUUCAGAACGCCGUGGACAAGAUGAACCUUGAGAAUUACGCAAAUCUUUCAACUUGGGUGUCGCACCUGAAUACUCAACUACGCCAUAUUUUUGAGGAUCGACUUCAGCACGCACUGAAACAUUGGACCAAUUCUUUCGCUUCGACGGAUGGACAACCCCCUCAAGCACCAGAGGAAUCAAUCUACAAUGUCCAAUUUCCCCAAACCCAGAUUGAGAUUAUGAUGAACAAUCAGACAGUCUUCGUUGACCCGCCUUUGAAUUUUGUCAAAGCGUCUUGGGUGCAGCAGCUCGAGGAUUGGUUGGACAUAUUGUGUCGUUUGCCACAAAUCAUACCCUCCCGUUAUCAAGUCACUGCAGAUGCUAGCUUAGUACAGGCAAUACCUGCCUUUACAGACCUUCCUUUGCAAAAUGUGGAGUCGCUGCAGGCGGCAUACAGCGCUAUUGACAGCAGGAUCACGCAUAUGGCAACCUACCUCGAAGAAUGGUACACAUAUCAAAAUCUGUGGGAUCUCCGCAGUGAUCAAUUGCACGAGAGUCUUGGAGAUGACCUCGCCCAGUGGCAUCAAUUACUUCAAGAAGUCCGCCACGCACGUUCGACCUUCGACACCUCCGAAGGAAGAAAGACUUUCGGCAGUGUUACUUUUGAUUACGAGCAGGUCCAGUCCAAAAUCACUCAAAAGUACGAUCAGUGGCAGUAUGAAAUUACGAGCAAGUUUGGAAGCAUUCUUGGCAACCGUAUGGCGGAAGUGUUUACUGACAUGCGCCGGUCCCGUCUCGAGCUUGAGAAUCAGUCGCUGGAAGCCUUGUCCACUGCGCAAGCUGUCGCAUUCAUCACCAUUGUUCAGCAAUGUCGACGGAAUGCGGCUUUGUGGGGUCCAGAAGUGGAGAUCUUCCGACAGGGCCAGACGACACUUUCGAGGCAGCGAUACAAUUUUGCCAGCGACUGGCUCUCAGCAAACCAGGUGAGCGACGAAUGGGAUGCCUUCGAAGAGAUUCUCAACCGCAAAAGCAAGAUUGUUGAGGAUCAAACCGACGCUCUGCGCGCCAACAUCAUUGCUGAAGACCGCGUCAUCAACGGCCGCGUCGCCGACGUUGUCGCUCAAUGGUCUGAUGAGAAACCCGUUUCCGGAACUAUUCCCCCAAGCGAGGCUGCCGAACUCUUACGGACAUACCAAGCACGUAUGGAAAAGCUUCAAAGUGAAGCAGAUACUGUCUCAAAAGCGAAAGAGGCUCUUGCGUUGCCAUUGACUAAGGAUAAUGCUUUAUCAGCUGCGUUGGAAGAAGUGAGCGAUUUCAAGUCAGUCUGGUCAGCUCUAUCCACGAUCUGGCAGAGCAUCAACGAACUACGCGACAUCUUAUGGACCAGUUUGCAACCUCGGAAGCUUCGUCAAUCCCUGGAUGGCUUGGUCAAGAUGACCAAAGAUAUGCCAAGUCGAAUGCGACAGUAUGCUGCUUUUGAACAUGUUCAGAACGUCCUCCGGCAAUUGAUCAAAGCAAAUCCACUUUUGAAUGACCUCAAAUCUGAUGCGAUUCGAGAGCGGCACUGGUUGAAGAUCUACAAAGCUCUGAAGCCAAGCAAGCGAUAUUCGGAGGUCUCCAUGACUUUAGGAGACGUCUGGGAUCUUCAACUCAUCACCAGCGAAGCCACCAUUCGAGAUAUCAUCGUCCAGGCGAGAGGAGAGUUGGCGCUUGAGGAAUUUGUUAGACAAGUUCGUGACACCUGGCAAAGCUAUCCGCUGGAUCUCGUCAAUUAUCAGAACAAGUGCCGACUCAUUCGAGGAUGGGACGAUCUCUUCACCAAAUGCAGCGAAAACCUGAAUUCGCUUCAAGCCAUGCGCCAUUCGCCCUAUUACAAGGAAUUCGAAGAAGAGGCUUCGUCGUGGGAGGAUAAGCUUAAUCGGGUACAUGUUUUAUUUGACGUCUGGAUUGACGUUCAGAGACAGUGGGUCUAUCUCGAGGGCGUCUUCAGCGGCAAUAACGACAUCAAACAUUUGCUGCCCACCGAAUCCAGCAGGUUCUCCAACAUCAAUACCGAAUUUUCAGCAGUGAUGAAGAAGGUUUACAAAUCUCCAUUCGUGAUGGACGUUCUGGCUAUUCCUGGCGUGCAGAAGUCUCUGGAAAGACUGGCGGAGCUUUUGAGCAAGAUUCAGAAGGCCUUGGGCGAAUAUCUCGAACGUGAGCGUGUGUCGUUUCCUCGUUUCUAUUUUGUUGGUGAUGAGGACUUGCUGGAGAUUAUCGGAAAUAGUAACGACAGUACCCGCGUCGCAAAGCAUUUUAAGAAGAUGUUUGCAGGCAUAUCUGGCGCCGAAGUCAACGAUGAUAGCGCCAUUACCGCGAUAACCUCGAAGGAAGGCGAAACGGUCACGCUCAAGAAGGAGGUCUCACUUAUCAAACUGCCCAAGAUCAACGACUGGCUCACAGCACUGGACACCAGUGUCAAGCAGACGUUGGCCGAGCUACUUGCAGCAGCCGCCACUGCGUUUAGGCCAUUAUUCACCGCUCCUGAACUCGAUUCGGUCAUGUUUCAGGAGUAUAUGACAACAUUUCCAGCCCAGAUAAUGAUCCUCGGUGCACAAGUCGUCUGGACCGAUCUAGUCCAAGAAGCACUUGAAAAUGCCGGGCAUGGGUUGUCGAAAUUGCACGAGUACGAAGUGAGAUUACUUAACCUGCUGGCUGAAAGCGUGUUGCAAGAUCUCCCAGCGUUGACCCGAAAGAAAUGCGAACACUUUAUCACAGAAGCUGUCCAUCAACGAGAUGUGAUCGCCAAGCUGAUAAACGCUGAAGCCAAUACACCUGGCCACUAUCUCUGGCUUCUCCAAAUGCGUUACGUUUACAACCCCAGCGCAGACCUCAUGAGUCGCUUGCACAUCGAAAUGGCCAACGCGGUCCUCGACUAUGGUUACGAAUACCUCGGUGUCCCAGACCGUCUGGUGCGGACACCACUUACUGACCGCUGUUUCCUGACAUUGACGCAAGCGCUUUGUCAGAGACUUGGAGGUUCCCCAUAUGGACCGGCCGGCACGGGCAAGACCGAAUCGGUCAAGGCACUGGGACUUCAAUUGGGACGUUUUACCCUCGUCUUCUGCUGUGACGACACUUUUGACUUCCAGGCCAUGGGCCGCAUUUUCCUUGGGUUGUGUCAGGUCGGAGCUUGGGGAUGUUUUGACGAGUUCAACCGACUCGAGGAAAGAAUUCUCUCUGCAGUGUCACAACAAAUUCAAAACAUCCAGAUCGGUCUCAGGAACAGUACCAAUGAGCAGAAAGCACAAAUUGACCUCGCCGGGCGCCGUUUCAAAGUCAACCCUAACUCUGGUCUAUUUAUCACCAUGAACCCUGGAUACGCCGGACGUUCCAACUUACCGGACAAUCUGAAGAAGUUAUUCAGAAGCGUCGCCAUGUCGAAGCCAGACAAGGAGUUGAUUGCCGAGGUCAUGCUCUUCUCUCAAGGCUUCAAACAAGCCGAAGAAAUCUCUUCUCAAGUCGUCCCCUUUUUCGAUCACUGUGCUCAACGUCUUUCAAAACAACCGCAUUAUGAUUUCGGACUGCGAGCACUCAAGAGCGUUCUAGUCAGCUCUGGUGGAUUGAAAAGAAUUCGGAUGCAGGCAGGAGAAGAGGCUGUUGAUGAUGAGCGUGUGCUCGAGCCUCAAAUCAUUGUCCAAAGUAUUCGAGAAACCGUGUCUCCGAAGCUCAUUAAGCAAGACGUAGAUAUGUUGGUCGAGGUCCAGGCUCAAGACUUCCCCGGCGUCGAAUACGUCCCGGCCAAUAUGUCGAAGCUUACGGAAGCGAUCCGGGAAGUCAUGAAUGAGGAACACCUGACCGAGAGUGAGUCGUGGAUGACCAAGAUUCUCCAAUUGUACCAGAUCCAAAAUAUUCAUCAUGGUGUGAUGAUGGUGGGGCAAUCUGCUUCUGGCAAGUCCGCCAUAUGGAAAGUUCUUCUGCAGGCCCUUCAGAAGGUCGAGGGCGUGGAAGGCGUUCAUCAUGUGAUUGAUCCCAAAGUCAUGUCAAAGGAGGCCCUCUACGGCAGCCUUGACAGUACCACCCGAGAAUGGACUGAUGGUCUUUUUACUGCCAUCUUGAGAAAGGUGGUGGACAACUUACGCGGUGAAGACAGCAAACGACAUUGGAUCGUCUUUGACGGCGAUGUCGAUCCGGAGUGGGUGGAAAACUUGAACAGUGUGCUUGACGACAACAAACUACUCACUCUUCCGAAUGGUGAAAGACUGAACCUCCCACCCAACGUGCGUAUCAUGUUUGAGGUGGAGAGCUUGAAGUACGCAACCCUGGCAACAGUCAGUCGAUGCGGGAUGGUUUGGUUUUCAGAUGAUACAGUCACCCCGUCAUUGAUGAUCGACCACUACUUACAAACCCUCGCUAACCGGACUUUUGAAGAUCUUGACGACGAGAUCAAAGCUUCCGGGUUGGCCACCAAAGCUCAGGAGACACAACGCCAUCUAGUCGAGACAUUACGAGGAUUGAUCAGUCGUGAUGACUUUUUGCUUAAGGCACUAUUGUCCGCAACGAGCUACAGGCACAUUAUGGAAUUUACAUCUGCCAGGGCGCUUGACAGUCUAUUCAGCAUCCUAGCCAAGAGUUGUCGAACGGUGCUCGAGUACAACAUUUACCAUCCCGAAUUCCCCCUUGACCCCGAACAGACCGAGGCAUUCAUCUCGAAGAAACUUUUGCUGGCAACUGUUUGGAGCUUUGUCGGUGAUGGUGCAUUAGGCAUUCGAAAAGAAUUCGGCGAUUUCCUCAGCACCAUGACCAAUAUUGACCUUCCGAACCUUGACAGCUCGAGUUCUCUCAUCGAUUACGACGUAAGCCUGCCUCAUGCCCAAUGGGUCCCGUGGCAAUCCCAGGUUCCAACAAUCGAUCUGAACACGCAUUCUAUCACCCAGACCGAUGUCAUCAUCCCCACGAUCGACACAGUACGCCAUGAGGAUGUCUUAUACUCUUGGUUGUCUGAACACAAGCCGUUAAUGUUGUGUGGUCCGCCAGGAUCUGGAAAAACCAUGACACUCUUCAGCGCUCUCCGGAAACUCCCUGAUAUGGAAGUUGUUGGUCUCAAUUUCUCCAGUGCGACUCAGCCAGAUCUUAUCGUCAAGACGUUUGAGCAAUAUUGCGAAUACAAGAAAACUCUGAAUGGAAUGGUGUUGUCCCCGACGCAACUUGGACGGUGGUUGGUGAUCUUUUGUGACGAAAUCAAUCUUCCUGCCCCGGACAAGUACGGAACUCAACGUGCGAUUAGUUUCUUGCGACAGCUCGUAGAACAGAAUGGCUUUUGGCGGACCUCGGACAGAGUCUGGGUGUCACUAGAACGCAUACAAUUUGUUGGUGCUUGCAAUCCACCCGAAGACGCAGGACGUCAUCCGAUGGGCGAUCGAUUCCUACGACACGCGCCAGUCGUCAUGGUUGACUACCCCGGUGAGGUUUCAUUGACGCAAAUCUACGGUUCCUUCAACAAUGCUGUGCUCAAGGUUGUGCCCACAUUGCGUGGCUUUGCCGAUUCCCUUACGCGGGCGAUGGUUCAGUUCUAUCUCAAAUCUCAAGCACGAUUUACUCCUGAUAUUCAGCCUCAUUAUGUCUAUUCGCCUAGAGAACUGACGCGAUGGGUGCGAGGUAUUUACGAAGCAAUCGCGCCUCUGGAACACCUCUCGUUAGAAGGAUUGAUCCGCAUCUGGGCCCAUGAAGCUCUGCGGCUCUUCCAAGACCGACUUGUUGAACAAGAUGAGCGAGCUUGGACCUCUAAUAUGGUCAGAGAAACCGCACUUGAGUACUUUCCAACUGCAGAUAUCGAUCAAGCACUCCAAGGCCCAAUUUUGUUUUCCAAUUGGCUGUCCAAGAACUACGUCUCUGUUGAGCAAGGUCAACUGCGGGAAUUCGUCAAAGCGCGUCUCAAGACAUUCUGCGAAGAAGAGGUCGACGUUCCUCUCGUGCUGUUCAAUGAUGUUCUGGAGCAUGCUCUGCGAAUCGACAGAGUUUUCCGGCAACCGCAGGGCCACCUUAUCUUGAUCGGUACCAGUGGUAGCGGUAAGACGACCUUGUCGAGGUUUGUUGCUUGGAUGAAUGGUUUGAGUAUCUUCCAGAUCAAAGUCCACGGCCGCUACUCGGCUGAGGACUUUGAUGAUGAUCUUCGAGGUGUUCUGCGGGCGUGCGGCUGCCGUGGCCAAAAGAUUUGCUUCAUUAUGGACGAAUCUAACGUCCUAGACUCGGGAUUCCUCGAGCGGAUGAACACUCUCCUAGCCAAUGGAGAAGUUCCUGGUCUUUUUGAAGGCGACGAGUACUCGGCCUUGAUGACCGCGUGUAAGGAAGGAGCACAACGACAAGGACUUCUUCUCGAUUCCCAAGAAGAACUUUACAAGUGGUUCACCCAACAAAUUGUGCGAAAUCUGCAUGUCGUUUUCACCAUGAACCCUCCCCAAGAUGGCUUGUCGUCGAAAGCAGCUACUAGUCCGGCGUUAUUCAAUCGAUGCGUCCUCAACUGGAUGGGUGACUGGUCGGAUCAAGCUCUCUUCCAAGUGGGCUACGAACUUACUCAGUCGAUCGACUUGGACAAGCCGAAUUUCACUGCCCCCGAUAGCAUCCCUGUGGCAUAUCGUGAUCUGUCACUUCCAGCAUCACAUCGUGACACUAUCAUCAAUGCUAUGGUAUACAUACACCACUCCAUCCAGGAGACCAACGACCGUCUUGAACGACAACAAGGCAUCGUCACUUAUUUGACCCCUCGCCAUUACCUAGAUUUCGUGACCCAAUUCCGAAAACUUUUCCGGGAAAAGCGGGAAGGACUGGAGGAACAGCAACGCCAUCUCAACGUUGGUCUCGAGAAGCUUCGGGACACGGUUGAUAAAGUUCGCGAUCUGAGAGCAAGCCUGGCCCAGAAGAAGCAGCAGUUGGAACUCAAGGACGCAGAGGCCAACGAAAAGUUGCAGCGAAUGGUGGCUGAUCAGAGAGAAGCAGAGUCAAGAAAGACGGCCUCCAUGGAGAUACAAACAGCACUGGAGAAGCAAGAAAGGGAGAUCGCAAGUCGGAAAGAAAUAGUCCUCAGCGAUUUGGCCAAGGCCGAGCCAGCUGUCAUUGAGGCUCAACGAAGCGUCAGCAACAUCAGGAGACAGCACCUCACCGAAGUUCGGUCGAUGGCAAAUCCUCCAUCUGGAGUCAAACUUGCGUUGGAAUCGGUCUGUACCUUGCUCGGCCACAGGGUCGAUAGUUGGAAGAGCAUUCAGGCAGUUGUCCGCAGAGAUGACUUCAUCGCAAACAUCGUCAACUACGAUAACGAGGAACAUAUGACACCCAACCUUCGACAGAAGAUGCGCCAUGACUAUCUCUCAAAUGAUGAUUUCACCUUCGAGAAGGUCAACCGUGCAAGCAGGGCGUGCGGUCCCCUCGUACAAUGGGUUGAAGCCCAAGUUAAUUACUCUGAAAUUCUCGACAGAGUUGGACCGUUGCGUGCUGAAGUGGAGCAACUAGAAGAUGAAGCUCUGCAGACUAAAGCCGAAGCCAAAGCAAUCGAGAACACCAUUACCAAACUUGAAGAGAGUAUUGCGACUUACAAGACCGAAUACGCCGCUCUCAUCAGUGAGACUCAGGCCAUCAAGAGCGAAAUGACUCGAGUCCAAACUAAGGUGGACCGCAGUCUUCGCCUUCUGGACAGCCUUUCAUCCGAACGUGUGAGAUGGGAAGCUGCCAGCAAGUCUUUCGAGACCCAGAUCCAGACCCUUGUUGGAGACGUGGUGAUUGCAUCGGCAUUCCUGGCAUAUGCAGGUCUCUACGAUCAACAAUUCAGAAAGACCAUGGUCGAUGAUUGGAUGCAUCACAUGUCUCAGUCCGGCAUCUCUUGUAAAAAUGACGGCUCGGUUCUCGGAUAUCUCUCAUCGGCGGAUGAACGUCUUCAAUGGCAACGCCAUUCCCUUCCAGCAGAUGACUUGUGCAUGGAGAACGCGAUCAUGCUCAAACGCUUCAAUCGAUACCCUCUGAUCAUUGAUCCACCCGGUCGAGUGACCGAAUUCCUGAAACAGGAACACCAGGGACGCAAAUUGACCGUCACCAGCUUCUUGGACGAUGCGUUCACCAAACAACUCGAGAGUGCUUUACGCUUUGGCAAUCCGAUCAUGAUCCAAGAUGCAGAGUAUCUGGAUCCAAUCUUGACACAUGUCUUGAACAAAGAAUACCAGAAGACAGGUGGAAGAGUUCUCAUUCAACUGGGGAAGCAAGAGAUCGACUUCUCAGAACACUUCCAGCUGUACCUGUCCACCCGGGACCCGUCCGCGGCAUUUGCCCCCGAUGUGUGCAGCAGGACAACUUUCAUUAAUUUCACCGUGACUCGAAGCAGUUUGCAGACUCAAUCACUCAAUGACGUUCUCAAGGCCGAACGUCCAGAUGUUGACAAGCGGCGAACCAAUCUAGUGAAGAUGCAAGGCGAAUUCAAUACCAAUCUGAGACAGCUGGAGAAGAGACUUCUCCAAGCUCUGAACGAGUCGCGUGGUAACAUUCUCGAUGAUGACAACGUCAUUCAAACCCUGGAGACUCUCAAGAAAGAAGCUGCCGUUAUUACAAAGAAGGUUGCCGAAACAGAAGGCGUCAUGGCAGAAGUCGAGCGCAUCACUCAAGGAUACAGCCGCAUCGCCAAUGCGUGCAGCGCCAUCUUUGCGCUCCUUGAGCAAUUGCACCACCUCAACCGUGGUUAUCGGUUUUCGCUCCAAUACUUCAUCGAUAUUUUCAAUUCCGUUCUCCAUCACAACCCGCACCUUACGAACAAGACCAACCAUGAGGAGCGUGGAGAAAUCAUAUUGAAGGACAUCUUUGUCGAGACGUACCGACGAACCUCUUUGUCUCUAUUGCAAAAGGACCGCAUUACGCUGGCAAUGCUUCUCGUACGAGCGACCCCUUAUGAGUUUGAUCGCUCUGCCAUGGAACUCAUCCUGGAAGAACGGCCACAUUCACAUGGCAUUCUUCCCAGCGAUGCCCGUGAGGAAGAUGUCCUGGCUGCAAUUAACCGAGUCCCGAUGUUCAACAAGGACCAAGUCCAUCCCAGGAGCGAGAGUUGGAGACAGUUCCUCUCUGCAGAGCGAGCCGAACAUUGUGUUCCCACGAUCUGGAAUGAUACCGACAAGAUCAUUGACCAGAAUCUUUACAAGUUGCUACUUAUCAAACUGGUCAGACCAGACCGAUUCCUACCCGCAGCUGAAAACCUGGUUGCAAAUGUAUUUGGCCCAGAAAUCUUCCAGGGAUCUGAUGAUUUGGGAACCAUUGUCAACCAAGUCACCGCCUCGGUCCCAAUCGCUCUAUGCUCCAAUCCUGGCUUCGACGCGAGCUACAAAGUCGACGCACUUGUGGGGAAGCAAAAUGCAACGUGUGCUAACGUUGCCAUGGGGUCUGAUGAAAGUGUUGCCAGCGCUGACAAGGCAAUCACAAGUGCUGCUUCCAAUGGAACUUGGGUUCUGAUCAAGAACGUUCACCUUGCGCCUCAUUGGUUGCAGAGCUUGGAAAAACGUCUUUCUGCUCUCAAGCCUCACAACGACUUCCGACUGUUCCUGUCGAUGGAAUCAAGUCCCAAGAUACCCGUCAAUCUGAUCAGGGCUUCGAGAACACUUGUAUACGAGCAGCCUGCGGGCAUGAGGGCCAACAUGAAAGAUACAUUGACCGUCCUCUCAGAUCGAGGCACUCGAACUCCAGUAGAGAAAGGCAGACUAUAUCUCCUGCUUUGCUUCCUACAUGCAGUCCUGCAAGAACGACUCAGAUAUGCUCCAACUCUUGGUUGGAAAGGACUUUGGGAAUUUAACGAUAGCGACUACGAAUGUUGCUCCUUCAUUAUCGACUUCUGGAUCGAGGCAAUUGCACAGGGCAGGUCAAAUAUUGCCCCGGUGAAAUUGCCAUGGGAUUUGAUUCGCACACUGAUCACUGAGACGUAUGGAGGCAAGAUUGACCACGAAGGGGAUUUCUCGCUCCUCAGUCAAAUUGUAGCCAAGGUUUUUGAUCCCGCUGCGUACGAGGACGAUCACGAACUGGUGUCGGAUUCUGAAGGAAAAGCUCUCAGAGUACCUUCAGGAACUACGAUACGAGACUUUCUGGACUGGGUGGACAGACUUCCGGAGCGGGAGCCACCUGCAUACUUGGGACUUCCUGCCAAUGCAGAGAAGUUGUUAUUGAUGGGCCAAGGACGAGAAACUAUUGGCAAUUUGGCACGGAUUACGGACCUGCUUGAGGAAGGCGAGCAAUCGAUGUCGGCUGAGCAAGCUACAGGUUGA